UUCCAACCAUCGCAUUUCACGGCGAUUGAUUGCAUCUGCCUUUGCCGCGGGACCUUGUAUUCGCUAUAUUGCGGCAGCUUUACACGCGUACCCGAUAUCAAAAGCCUCCAGCUAGGUGUUCUCAUCCAGAGUUGCACCCAGGACCGCUCUGCGACUGGAAAAGAGUCGGGCAAUACCAUCAUCCGCCGGCCGCCUCCAAUUCCACCCGACGACAAUAUCUGAUCGCCAAAGAUGGCGCAGGUCCAGAAGAUCGAGCAGGGCGAUUUCAGCAUCAAGCCUGAAAAUUCCACGCCUGCCAUCCCUACCUCGGAGUGGCCUCUGCUGCUCAAGAACUACGAUAAAUUACUCGUCCGAACUGGUCACUUCACUCCUAUCCCUUGUGGCUGCACGCCGCUGAAGCGCGACAUCAAAUCCUACAUCUCGUCCGGCGUGAUCAACCUUGACAAGCCCUCGAACCCAUCCAGUCACGAAGUCGUUGCGUGGGUCAAGCGCAUUCUCCGAGUAGAGAAGACCGGACAUAGCGGCACACUCGACCCCAAGGUGACAGGAUGUUUGAUUGUGUGCAUCGACCGAGCCACGCGGUUGGUGAAAUCCCAGCAAGGUGCUGGAAAGGAAUACGUCUGCGUCAUCCGAUUACACGACCGGUUACCAGGAGGCGAGGCCCAGUUUGCGCGAGCCCUGGAGACCUUGACCGGUGCUUUGUUCCAGCGACCUCCGUUGAUUUCGGCCGUCAAGCGACAACUCCGUAUCCGAACGAUCCACGAGAGCAAGCUGUAUGAAUUCGACAACGACCGUCACCUCGGCGUGUUCUGGGUCAGCUGUGAAGCCGGAACCUACAUCCGAACGCUGUGCGUGCAUCUCGGCCUGCUUUUGGGAGUCGGCGCACACAUGCAAGAAUUGCGGAGAGUACGAAGCGGAGCCAUGGACGAAUCCAAGGGCAUGGUCACUUUGCACGACGUCCUCGACGCUCAGUGGAUGAUGGACAACAACCGAGACGAGUCGUACCUGCGGAAAGUCAUUUCGCCCCUCGAGAGCCUGCUCACCACGUACAAGAGGAUCGUCGUCAAGGACAGCGCCGUCAACGCCGUCUGCUACGGUGCCAAACUGAUGAUUCCCGGUCUCCUCCGCUUCGAGGCCGGCAUCGAAGUCCACGAAGAAGUCGUCCUGAUGACCACCAAGGGCGAAGCCAUCGCCAUCGGUAUCGCGCAGAUGUCCACCGUCGAGCUUUCGACGUGCGACCACGGUGUCGUCGCCAAGGUCAAGAGAUGUAUUAUGGAAAGAGACUUGUAUCCUCGCCGAUGGGGCAUGGGUCCUGUGGCACUGGAGAAGAAGAAGUUGAAGUCUGAUGGGAAACUCGAUAAAUAUGGCCGUCCCAACGAAGCCACCCCGGCCAAAUGGCAAGAGCAAUACACCGACUACAACGCACCACUCACAGCCGAAGGCACCGCUGCCGCCCCGGUCCAGGAAAAGACCUCGCAGUCUGAUGUCCUGGCCGCUCCGCCCGUAGCCCCGAACGGCGAGACAGCCGAGUCCAUGGACCUGGACACCAGCACCGCAGCCGCGACUACCAACGGCGACGCUCCUGCUGCUGAGGGCCCCAAGGACGCCAAGGAGAAGGACAAGAAGCGCAAGAAGCACGACGGGGAGACGCCCGAAGAGCGCGCCGAGCGGAAACGGAGGAAGAAGGAAAAGAAGGAGAAGAAGGAGAAGCGCAAGAGCGCCGCCAGCAAGGCCGACGACAGCGAUGACAGCGACUAAGCGCUGCCCUGUCCGUCUCGUAUCAUGUGUUUUUGUGUGCUUGUCUUUUCUACGGUUGCUGGUGUAAAAGGAUAUCUGUGUUUGUUGGUGUGCAAGUAGUAGUACUAUUAUCUCCCUUAGUAUGAGCUGGUUUGGCUUUGGCUACGGAUGUGGAUAUGGACAUGGAAAAUGAAUUUCGAAUUGAAAUUGAGAUUCUCAGAUCAAUAAAAAUUGGAAAUCUCCGCUGUUGUUGCUGCUGCACUGAAAGUGCCUCCAUCGGGCCUCAACUGCCAUGCAAUAAUACGAUAGGCCAACCCGGCGCCCAAAUCAUGCCAUAGCAUUUCGUGAAACGUAGGGUCAAAGGAUAAAAAAAGGUAGAGAUCUUCAAGAAAACAGGCAAGCUGAAACACC